CACAGCCAGAUAAUUUCAAAGUGCGGUCCUAUGAUUCAAAAUAUAGUUUCAAAUCCUGAACAAGUGCAUAUAUACAUAUGUAUGAGAUGAUCCUGAGGUAUAACUGACAACUCAAAAUGUCCUCAUCGAAAAAACCCACAAUAACUGUCACAGGCGUCAAGAAUGCAAAGCUGAUUUGCAUCAGAGAUGAUAAUCCCAUCAUAGAAACUAAGGAAGACGAAGUCGAUUUGGAAAACAAAGACUAUCAAACCGAGAAACGCAUUCCUCUGAAAUCUAUUUCUUCAUCACAAACUCAAACGGAGUAUAAUAAUAAUAAAACCGACAAGAGCACUCAGAGACCAGCAACUUCUAUCAGUAUGAAACGAUUAACCAAAUCUUCCAAAUGUUUGGAGAUGCUACCAAAAAACUUAGCUGUGAAUAUUAUUCAGUACAAACUAGAUUUUCACAAACAUUGUAAAAGUAUUCCCAUUUAUCGAAGAACUGCAAAUAUCUUGCCGUGGAAACUUAUGGGAAAAAUAUCUGACGAGAUUUUGGAUGUAGCCAUUUUAAGCAUAGCUAAAGAAAUUGAAGUGAAUGACAUAGUGGACCGCAUUUAUCAGUCUGAACUUCAACUUUGAAGGUGUAAUGAUGCAUAAAUAAAGCGAUCAGUUAUUAUGUUA